UGAAGGGCCACGAGCGCUGGCAUCGCAGUAGUAAAAAAAGUAAUAUUUUGGUUUUGACGGAGAUUACAUAAAGUGCAGAAAUUGUGCAUUUCCAGAGAUGUGGUACGAGAUCCUGCCCUCGUUUGGCAUCAUUAUGAUUGCCACAGCCUUGCCAGGUUAUGCGCUUUAUGGAAUACACAAAUUGGUCUUCAAUAACGCUUUCCGCCGAGGAACUGAUGAGAGGUGGGAACGGAUGAUGUAUCAGAGGGACAUGAGAUUAACCAACAAUCCCUACCUCGUCAAUGGUUUGGAGUCGAUUCCGGACGAGCCCGGACAGAGUAAAUAGACACCUAGAAAGGAUUUUAGAUUGAGUUUCAAGUAUGUAAAUAAAUAAAUUCGAUGGGAAAUAAAUCCAAGUGAGAAAUA